CUGCCUCUGCGUAGAGUCAAAUAGGUAUCUCUAUUGAUCUACUUAUCUUGUUAUCAUUCCAACACGUCAAUCGAUAGCUUUCUCCCAACUUCGGUACUAGUACUACCGAGGAUCACAGGCACCUACCAAGCUUCUCCAACUAUCUCUUCUCACAAAUUUCAACACAGCUCAUCCACAAAAACCUCGCAAAUACUGUCUGUCUUUCUUCCUUUUCCUAUUCCUUCGCUUUGUUUUCUUCUCGUCUCUACACUACAAAUACCGCUGAAAAUUCGAACUACGAGGACGUCAACCAAUGCGUUCUUUCCAUCGACAACGACGACUGCUCUCUUUAUACCCUUUACUCCCGCCGUCACCCGUAUAUCCUCAAGACUUCGCUUCUGCAAGCGCCAGAACUCUCUCUCAGUUCUUGUCCAAUCCAACUGUGCUUCACUCAGUUCCCGUCCUUUGUGUAUCUCGCUGUUUCCUCUCGUUGAACGACGACCAUGUCCUACACUGGCUUCUCAAACUCACCCGGUAGCAUGCCGGGACACCUGACGGUCUAUUCUAGUAUGGCAGCGGAGAACGUUGUGGAAGUCGUGUUGCGAGAACGUAGAAAUCCGGAUUUUCUUGGGACCGUAUUCAAAGGGAAUGUUGGUUUGAACAAACCAUUUUCAAGCCGAAAGCUGCAGUGGGGACAACCAAUAACACGCGUGGACAUCGAUGCAAGUAGGAUGGGACCGUUAUCCUCGACCGCUGGUUCCACUAAUGCGACCUCGACUCUUUUUGCAGAUGUGAUGAACGGCACUUGGAAUGGACCUGAGAACGAUCCCGAGAUGACUCGAGGCGAGUUUGGAGCGGUAACAAUACAGAAUCCACGUCGUCUCAGUAUCAGUCUGGAGAAUUGGGAAGGAUAUUGCAUUGCCAACCCAAACGAGGGCGAACCGACGCAUUUGGUGAAGAUAUUGUGGUAUGGUGGAGGUGGAGGUGGAGAGGGGUUGCCGACACGUACUGGAGAUGAUGAUUGGAACGGUAGGACGAAAAUCGACAAAGACCUGAAUGUAGAGCUGCAUGAAUCGCUAAACGACCAAGACUCUGAAGAAAGGACAGGAAUAGUUGUCAUCAUUUGGAACAAGACAUUUAAGCGGAAUGCGACUUACUCUGGGUUCAGAACCGCAACUUUUGUUCAGUCUCGUGUCGUGUCCGAAUCAUCUCUUCGUGACGUUGGGUUGGCGCGUGGUUGGCGCGAUGUGGGCUGGCGCUUUUCCUGCGUUUCGUUCCUGUGCUCCUCUCUCUCCUUGGGUCGAGGUAGCUAUGUUUGUGUAGACGAAACGAUGGAGGAGAUAUCGUCAAGUCGGAAGCUCAAAGCCUGGCGAGAAGGUUCUGAGAGCAGAACUCCAGUAGCCAGUGAGCAAAACGGGUACGCUCCGCCUGAGCUGGGUGUCCUGUCGAUCCGUGUUCACUACGAACAUCGAAAACACUCACCGAAUCACACCGAUGCUCAAAAUCCCUCGAUGAAAGAUCGGACCACUCUAGUUCGUACAGCACCCACGGAUUUUGACAUCUAUAUGAGUAGACAGAUGGUAUAUCGAAUGUUGAGGGAGCCACAAAGGGAGUCGAGGUCCCACUAUGGAAACCAGCAGUCGAAAACGAUCCCAGCAUACUUGCAUCGAUGUCCACGCAUAUUGUUGGUUGUCCCCACUGCGCCUUUCGACCCUCAAAGAAUCGUUUUUCAAACCAUUACUCCCUUCGAAUACGGUCCCAAGGAAAUCCGGAAUUCGACCGCGAUCCAGUGCGGGGCGAUAAAUAGCGGUGGUGGCAAGGAAAGAACAUACGGGGCUGUUUGUACCAGUGCCCCGGAUCGAUUACGCCCAACAGUGUGUUUUGUUGAGAGCCCAGACCAGCGAUUAGCAUUCGUGGAGCUGCUGACUCUUAUAGAGGACAGAGAGGUAGCUUUGAGAGGCACUGGAAGGAGCAGCGGGAGAUGUCGAGGAGAAGAGAAUGCCUGCCAAUAA